AUGGCUCAAGCGAUCAAGAGCGCUCUUCCCACCCACCUCAAGUCCCCCCUCGGCGGCCAGGGCAAGAGCGAUGAGGAGUUCAGCUCCCGUCACCACGGCAAGACGAGAUCCCACAUGAGAUGUCGUACGACGCUUGGCUACUUGCUUUACCUCGACGGCCGCGGCUGGGCCAGUCCCAAACGGCACGGUACAGCAUCGUCAAUGCGUGAGACGCCAAAUACCUCCAAAGACAUUUGCUGGCUUGACAUGGCUGAAGGAGACAACCUGGGCGGUACGGUGUGCGCUGUUCUCUCCCCGGCAACAAGCUCUACGAUGCCUGUCAGGGGUAGCAGCAAGCUGGCCACAUUGGCUUUCGAGAACACUUCCACCAGCGUUGCUGCUGCCCAGAUGCGCAAUGCCCUCACCCAGCUUUCUGAGACCGUCACCGACCCCGAGCAGAAGAAGCUGUUCGAGACGGAGAUGGACAACUUCUUCGCCCUCUUCCGUCGCUACCUGAACGACAAGGCCAAGGGCAACGCCGUGUAA